GUGUAACCUAAAGUGACAGGGGGGUGGGGGCUCAAGAUGAAGUGAGUCUACCUGUCUGCCUGUGUGAGAUACAGACCCAGACUAGGCACGACACCACUCUGAACUGACAGCGCUGACACAGCUGACCUGAACAGGUGAGAAGAACACAAUAUGGUGCAAGAAUGUACUUCACACAUUUCUGAUUUCAUGCUCACUGGCUGUGUGGGGGUUGAACAUCUGAGAAAAUACUAGCAUCAUGUCAAAAGGGGCUGACAAAAUCAAGGUGUUUAAAACCACCAGGGUGCGGACUACGCUGAAGAGUGAUGGCUUUUGGAUCCAGAAAUUAAAACAUGAAGAUGAAGAGCAAGACAAAGCGAGGACAGAGCAUGUCUUGGAGACCAGACCUUCUCCAGUCAGACAGAAUUCAUACGUUCUGUCCACAGCCAAGAUGUUCGAAUCAGUAGAUUGUCCACUGAGCCCUCCUCACCAUAAGACACAGUUUGCUCCAUCUGAAGGCGAUUCAGCUAAUCAGGCAAAUGGUGAAGUAAUUCCUCCCCUAAAAGAUGCUCAGCCCGAGGGGUCAACAGUGGAGACCACAGACGAUGCAAAGCCCCAAGCACCCACUGAAGAACUUAUCCAAAAUGAUGAGGCACAACCAGAAAAAUCAGUUGCCGACAAUGUGGAACACAAUGACGGGGCUGCUGAGGUCUCCGCAGAGAUUCAUGUUUCAGAAUGUAUCCAAAAUGGUGAAGCACAACCUGAAUCUUCAACAAAAGAAAAUCCAGAGGCAGUGCCAGCUGAGCAACCAGUUGCCAACGCAACUGCAGAAAACAAGGGAGAACAUGCUGAUGCAACAGUUGACCAGUCAAACAUAGAACACAAUGAGGCCAAUGUCUCUGCAGAUGUUCAUGUGGAAGAUCCCGUUGCAGAAAGCUCCUCUGCUGUUGCUGAAGUCCCUGCCUUGCCUGCAGUCGAACUGACACCUCAAGAGGAACCUGCAACCGAAACAGAGCCGGCAAAUGCAACACAUUUGGAGGAUGCAGGAGUAGAAUCAACUGUUAAACCUGAAGAGGGCAGUUGUGAGGCAUGUCCUCCAGAACAGGCUGCAGAAGAAAUUGUUGAAGCUGUAGCUGAGGUUGUGGCACAGUCAUCGCCUGACACGAGUGAUGUUGUUGAUGCAACACCAGGAGAAGAGGAUGCUCUGCAAGACAGUGUUGAAGCUGUAGCUGAUGUUGCUGUGGCACUUGAGACCCCUGCUACGACAGAUGCAGCAGGAGAAGAAGCUACUCUCCAAGACAGUGUUGAAGCUGUAGCUGAGGUUGCUGUGGUGCCUGAGACCCAAGAAGCUGCUCUCCAAGACAGUGUUGAAGCUGUAGCUAAGGUUGCUGUGGUGCCUGAGACCCAAGAAGCUGCUCUCCAAGACAGUGUUGAAGCUGUAGCUGAGGUUGCUGUGGUGCCUGAGACCCAAGAAGCUGCUCUCCAAGACAGUGUUGAAACUGUAGCUGAGCUUGCUUUGGUGCCUGAGACCCAAGAAGCUGCUCUCCAAGACAGUAUUGAAGCUGUUGCUGAGGUUGCUGUGGUGCCUGAGACCCAAGAAGCUGCUCUCCAAGACAGUGUUGAAGAUGUUGCUGAGGUUGCUGUGGCCCCUGAGAUGCCUGCUGUAACUGGUGCAGCAGGAGAAGAGGCUGCCACCCAGGUCAGUGUGGAAUCAGUCCCUGACUUAGUGGCAGAAAUUGUAUCCGAACUGCCCACUCAAACUGCUACUGAAACUGCUGCAGAGGGAAGUUGUGAGACAGGUCCUCCAGAACAGGCUGCAGAAGAAGUUGUUGAAGCUGUAGCUGAGGUUGCUGUGGAGUCAGCACCCGAGACCCCUGCUGUGACUGGUGCAGCAGGAGAAGAGGAUGCUCUCCGAGUCAGCGUGGAACCAGUCCCUGACUUAGUGGCAGAUACGAUGUCUGAAUCGCCUCCCCAAGCUGCUGCUGCUGAAACUACUGUCGAGCCUGUAGAGUGUGAAGUCGUGUCCACGGUCUCAGCAGAGACAGUUAUAGAGACCAGAGCUGAAGAGGUAGUUGAGUGUGAAGUCCAAUCAGUUGAUAACGCUGCUGUCGAGCAAAGUGUUGAGCCAACACCUGAGAGAGCAGCAGACGGUGUGGUGAAAAUCGAGGAUGCUGUUGAAGCUGUAACAGCUUCAGAUGCUGAAACUGUUCAGUUCUCUGACAGACCCAUUGGACUGUCAGAAGCAUUAGAUGUGGAGCUGCCGACAACUGAAGCUGCUCCUGAGCCUCUGGAAAAUCCAAAACAAUCCCCCACGGAGGAGACCAGGCUGAUCACUGAACACUCUGACACCAACAUCUCUGACAUGCUUCAAAAGUACAAAGAGGAGCUACAAUCCAACCUAACUCCAGGAAUUACCUGGAAAAAGACCAGGAAUAGGAAUGUUUGUUCAUUCUGUGACAAAAUAAUUGAUGGAAAUGUCAAGAUCCAUCUCAGUGAUCCCGAGGUGACCUGCCACCCUGACUGUCUAAAGUGUGGUGUGUGUGCCAAGGCCCUGGGAGAUAUGCUGACUCCCAUGUUCUUUCAUGGCCAACUGGUCCAAUGUGGUUGCUGCUUUGUGAAAACUCUGACCUGAAGCUUAACUGGGUAAAAUAUGUUGACGGAGAAGACUCAAAGCAUUAAUGUGCUGUUUGGACUGAGGACCUCACCACUGUUGCCCUAACUUUGAAUUGUUUUUUGCACCAAUUUCCAUACUGAAAGCUUUUUUUAGGACAUUGGACUUCAUAGAGCAUCAUUCUCUUAAAUUUCUCUCAUAUUUUCUCUUAAUUUGCUGUUACGAGAAAAAAAAAACAGAAGUCAACUCAAGUAAACCAACUCCAGAUAAUUUUAUUUGUGUACAGCUUUUUGAACGGCACCCUUCCCUCAUGUUCCCAUGAACUGUAUUCCUAUAAUCAACAAUUCCACAAUUAUUCGACUCAAAAUAACUACAAACUCAGACCUCUUAUAUGUUGAACAUCUCAGUUACAGUUUGGUUUAAUUUACUGAGGUUCAGUGAUAUCGAACACUCUGCCAUCUCAUAUUUUAAAGUUGGCGCCAGAACAACUUAAGAACGUUAUUAAAGGCUUGUUUUUAUCUGCUCAAUGUUUUCCUUAUGGAUUAUCUCUGUAAAUUGAUUACUAAUAAUGAUUUUUUAUUGAUGAGAUAUAAUAAUGUGAAUCUCAAUUCUAUUUCAUCACUUUGUCUCAUAUGGAUGUCUGCUAGUGUGUGUAAUCUUAUCUUUUUUCUUCUUCUCUAUCUCUUUACCAUCCUUUUUUAAUAUUUUAUUGUCUUGUUAUAACGGAUUAAGAUACGCACUGGAGAGUGCCCUGAUCAAGCCCCUCUGAGGGUUUUUUUGCACCUCUCCAUCACAUUUGUUGUUGUUGUAAUAUCAACUUGUACCUUUUUUUAUAUGUGUAAACAAAUAAAAUCUAAAUCUAAAAAAAAAAUUCAGAUGCACCAAACAUUUGUAACCAUCCAUCCAAAUCUGCUCUUACCCAGGUGGGCUGAAUUAUGAAUCCCACUUGAUCAUAAAUUGGAGGCAUGUGGUCGAUUUGUUUAUUAUUAGCAAAGGUAAUGCCCCCUAAACACGAUAGGGCAGUUGUUGUGCCGUGUGCAAAUACGCUGGCACAUGCCAAAGAAUUAGAGAGAUGCUACCAAGCACAAUGAACUUUUGUAUGCUUUGAUAUAGUCAUAAUUCUUAAUUUAGAUAGAUAAACAGACAGACAGACAGACAGACAGAUAGAUCAAGGUACUGUUAAAUAAACGUAAACAAAGUAAACAUGUGUACAGAAGUAAUCUUUAAAGUUAUCAAUUUAUUCUUUUGGUAAACCUUUUUGUCCUUGGUAUAGUUGUAUUUCAUAUUUCUACACCUCAACUGAUGGAAACCAGAUGUGCUGCAGUCCCUCUUGCCCUGGACAGGUGUUUCACUGAUAUUACAUGGGGAGAUCAUGCAGGUUUCAUGUUAACGUGUGAUCAGUGCAUGGCUGCUUGUCAACUGGUCAGAAUGAUGAUGACUUUGAAUAAGUUAAGUAAGUUGACCAAUGGAAAGGGUUUUCUUUGUCUUGGAGAAAAGUAUAUAACCUGUGUGAUAUCUUGGAGGAGACGUUCCUCUUUGGUUUCUGGUGUCUUGCGUUAAGGUAUUAUGUCUCCUAAUUGCAGAAAUAUUCUUUAACUUCAACCUCAGUGUUUUGUGUGUUUAUUCAAAGUGUUUUACAAUUCUCCAUAACGAUGUGAUUUUCCAGAGCCCACAAAUUGAAUAACCCAAUCUUUAUCUUUCUAUAUAUUUUCUUUCUUUUCUUGGUAAGUAAAGAGUGCUCUCGGACACUCGUAAUAUGUUCUCUAAGAGAAGAGCAACAAUAAGAAAACAUUGGUGAGUCCCAGAGAUCGAUGGGUACUAACAAAAUAAGAACAAAUCGUGGAUACAAACAAAAAUAAGAGGAAAUUUGUUCGUAUGUUGCUUCUUGCAUGAGACCUAUUGUCAGAAUUAAGAAUUAAAAGCUUUGGCAGCAUAUUAUUUCUGCUAGUGAUUGCCGAAGGUGCUUAUAUGUAAUACAAUCAAAAUGAAAGAUUUUUUAUUGAGACAUACUGCAUAUGGUUAAAUAAAGUCACAAAUUACUGCUUCAGAUUUAAAUGUUUUAAUCAGCCUUCAUUAAAAAUGAGCACACACACAACACAAUCCAGCUUGGUAAGUAGCAGGGCUACACAUCAAACAUGAGUCACCUGGAGGCACGUUAUUGAAGCAUCAACACCUCGGUAACAUAAAAACAGCUUAUUUUAAGCAGUAACCCAAAAACAUCCAGAAAAAAUGGAUACGUGUCUUUGUUUCCCCUCCUACACAGUGGCAUUUGAACGAAGCAAAAAUGCAUUAUGAGUGAAUACAAAGUACAUGUAUUGUGAGUGAAAGCACAAAAGGAGCUGGGAGGAUACACCUAACCCAUACAGAUAACUUUGGUACAUUCAGCCUCCCUUUCUUUAGUUCACACGAUGUUGCUAGACAAGAUGGUGAUAAU